UUGUUCAGUGUACGUGCGGUGGGUGGGGGCUCUUUCGUCUCUGUGACGUAGAGGAACUCAAGUCAAGCCUUUUAUGUUUACAGAUCUCCGGCUAAUGCGCGUGCAUUAGAGACCUAUACUUUAAAUUAAACAAGUUGUCAACCGUUCGGCUUAAAUGGGUAUUUAAACAGCAGGGCUGACAUCUCUUUCGCUUUCCGGACAGCUGAUCGACCGUGCAACUCUGGAUAAGGAAAAAUGCAAAGUGGCUUGUCGGUUUCUGACAGUGAUGUCUUCUCGUUCACCCCUCUGGUGGUCCUGGAGCUGGCUGAUGACACUAAAACAGAGGCCAUGACAUGGUUACUAAACAGGAUCAGAGACAAGCAGCAGAGUGGAGGAGCUGAGUUGUUGGUGGAGCAGCUCUUGUUUCCAGCUCAGGACGGUCAGAAGUGUAAUCCAAAUGUCUUUGUGGUGAGCUCCACGUUACAGAGGCUCUUAAAUGGGGCUGAAGAUGUAGGGAUGUUUAAAGAGUUUCAAGAUGGAACAAUGCGAGGAUUCACCUAUGCCAACAGAGAAAGCUUUAAAGACUUUCAAGGAGAUGGUGAUGGAUUUCUCAGUAUUGCAGAGUGUCAAUACAUUAUCAAACAUGAGCUGGACACACUUAGAGCUAAGAGUGAAGAGCAUGUUCCAGGAUAUCCUAAACUAAAACUCUACCCUGGAAAAUCAGUCGUGCGAAGAUUGCAGUCCAAAGGUGUCUUAGUCCAGUAUUUCCCUCUCCAUGACAAAGAAGAGCUGAAGAGACUAUCUUUCUCUUGGUACAAAAAGAUCAAGUUGUCCCUCCAGCCUCUUGAUGACAUCAGACAUUACUUUGGAGAGGGUCUGGCUCUCUACUUUGGAUUUCUGGAGUAUUUUACGUUUGCCUUGGUACCCAUGGCCCUUAUUGGGAUCCUUUACUACCUCUUUGACUGGGAGGACUAUGAUAAGUAUGUACUGUUUGCUGUCUUCAACCUGGUUUGGUCUACGGUUUUCCUGGAAGUAUGGAAGAGAUGCAGCGCUACAUUAGCGUACGGGUGGGGGACGUUGAGCUGCAAGAAAGCGUUUGAAGAACCCAGGCCUGGAUUCCAUGGAGCUCUAGGGUUUAAUCCAGUUACGGGCCGAGAAGAACCGGUCUACCCCAGCUCCAGGCGUCAGUUGAGGAUAUAUUUGGUGUCGGUUCCUUUCGUACUGCUGUGCCUGUAUCUUUCCUUUUAUGUGAUGAUGGUCUACUUCGACAUGGAGAACUGGGCCAUAGGUAUAUACGAGGAAAACCCAAACUUUGCAACCAGUAUUCUGCUGUUCGUUCCCAGUAUCAUCUACGCUGUUGUUAUCGAGAUCAUGAACCUAUUGUAUCGCUAUGCAGCAGAGUUUCUCACAAACUGGGAAAACCACCGACUUGAGUCAUCGUUUCAAAAUCAUCUCGUGCUCAAAGUUUUGGUGUUUAACUUCGUAAACUGCUUUGCCUCUCUUUUCUAUAUUGCUUUCGUCAUGCAAGACAUGGUGCUUCUGAGACAGAGUCUGGCCACCCUGCUCAUCACCUCUCAAAUCCUGAACCAAGUGAUGGAGGCCUUCCUGCCGUACUGGCUACAGAGGAGGAGGAACAAGAAGGUUCAUAAGAGGAUGAGGAGGCUGAUGGGUGAUAAAGAGCUCCCCCUGCUGGAACAAGUUCAGUUAGAGACUGACAUGAACACAUAUCUGGGAACAUUUGAUGAUUACCUUGAGCAGUUUCUGCUGUUUGGCUAUGUGAGUCUGUUCUCCUGUGUGUACCCGCUGGCUGCUGUGCUGUUGGUGCUGAACAACAUCACUGAGGUUUACUCUGACGCCUUCAAGAUGUGCCACGUCUUCAAGCGCCCCUUCACUGAGCCAGCCUCAGACAUCGGAAUAUGGCAGCUGGCGUUCGAGACAAUGAGCGUUAUUGCCGUGGUGACCAACUGUGCCUUAAUUGGUUUGUCCCCACAAGUCAAAGAGUACUUCCUUGAAUCGGAGACUCAGCUGAUCCUCACUGUGGUGGCUAUAGAGCAUGUUCUCCUGGCCCUCAAAUUCAUCUUGGCAUUCGUCAUUCCAGAUGUUCCGAAACAGAUCCAAAUUAAACUCGCCAAGCUGGAGUUUGAGUCCCUAGAAGCACUUAAGAAAAGGGUUGCCUGACAAUAACAAACCAAAGCCAUUGAAUGGUCCAAUAACAUCCUGCGACUGCUGAUCUGAACCCAAAGAGACAAAAACAAUGAGGACUAUUUGUGUCUCAGGUUUUUUGUGUUUCUGUGGCAUCUGCAUGCUGUGGUGGACUUAAUUUAACCUAUGCUGCAGCAGGAACCGAAAGGGACAAAUUUUGUAGCUACAUCCUUGUCUCAGGGCAGCACGAUGAAUGGGAAAAUGCUUUGCCUUCACUUGUCCCGUCACCUUUGACCAUUGUGCGCACUUCUUCUGUGUUUUUACAUGAAAUAAAGGAGUCGAGUCAAAGGUCAGAUAGCUACUGAAAGGCCUCACAGUCUGAGGGAAAAGGUGUGUGUGACUGAACAAGGAAGUUGCAUACAAAUACAUACAUGCGCGGGUCCAUCAAUAUACUUAAGUACCAGGGGAAGUAUUACAGAAAACUCCCUAUCUUAAGUUAACCCUUGUGCAUCAAUAAAAAAAAAAAAAGGUACUCAGAGGUCCUUAGAGGACAAAAAUAUCCACGUCAAAAAACUGCCAUAAUAAUAUUAUAUAUUAAUAUUACUUUCCAAUUCCAAUCAACUUUCAAUAAGUUCACUUUAACCAACAUCAGUCCUGAUCAUAACUACCAAAUAUUCAUUAAUUUUCAGGAUUUUAACCCUUUAAUUUACAGUUUGUUUACAUAAUGCCACUGUUUUUAUACACACACACACACAUUUCUCAAUACACAUACAAAACACACUCUGACAUCCAUACCAACACACCCACACAAUUUUUAGCUUCCUCAUUUAUUUAAUUGGCCUGCAGUGCUCUAUAAUACUGCAAACAGAAAAUAGGAAAAAAGCAUGUAUUUGCUCCAUAGUCUAAACAUGAGAAAAAUGGCACCAUCUGGUGGAAAAUUUUAAAAAUUUACAUUUUGAAGCCAGGGCUCCGGAAUGAAAGCAUAAUAUCAUAGAAUUUAUGAUUUUAUGCUUUAAUGGCACUGGGAUCAAAUGUUGCAGUUUUAAUGGGUUUCAAUGGGGACAUUUCUGUCCUGAAGGUCCUGAGUGUAACUAUUGUGUGUAAACAGUGUAUUAUAGAUGUAUUAUAGGACUGAGGUUGAAAUAUAAAAAUUCCCCCAAAUAUACAAACAUUUGGCAAAAAUUAUGCCGUUGGCAACAAAAAUGAAAAGACAAGAAUGUCCCGAAGGUCGCACAAGGGUUAAGAUCUGAUCAGUUAAGUUAAGAUUUUUCACAAAUUCAUAUUCAGAUUAAGAUAAUGCAUUAGGAAAUGUUAUUCUGUAAUAGCUUUUGUCCUAAAUGCGAUCCUAACUGAAAUUGCCAUGGAAACCAAGCAGAUAAACUAGGAUUCUAAAGUUAGGAUCUUUCUUUAAUACGUCCCCAGGGGCAGAUCUAAAAAAGGGGAUGGCAUGUGUACUUUGAGGGGUGGUAACACCAAAGCAAGCGCCCAUAGUUCUUCUGGAUUAAGAGACCAAGCUUCAUUGCAACAAGUACUAGUUAAUUUGUCACUAUCAAAUUACUUAUGCCCAUGAAUUUGCGAUACAGCUGCAUAUCCACAGAGAGGCCACAACAUAAUCAUUGUGCGACUGUUUUGCUAACAUUUAAUUUUUUUGCAUUCUUACAAAAUAUCAAUCUCCAGAGUACCAAGACAUUAUCUAUUAAACACCAACAGAUUCUAAAUGUUCCAGCUUGACCAGUGACCAGUGCUAGUUGUCACACUUUUUACUCCAGUACAUUUUUCUCAGAGUAGAUGGUAGAUUUUUAUUUUAUUUUUUUUUAAAGUCAUAUAUCCAUAUAGCCACAUACAUUGAAGUGUAGGCUCCAAAAAAAAAAAAAAAAAAAAAAAAAAAAAAACCACAAAAAAAAACAUUUUCACCUUUAUAGCCCAGGAAAUUAAAAGAUGUUGACUGAACACAUGUUGACCUUUUGUGCGGGUUAGCUGUCAUGAUGGAAGCUGUCGUGAUGGAAGCUGCCAUUAAACCAGUGGCAUAGGUUUACAAAAAAGUAAAUUAAUAGGGUUUUGAACUAAGAGUUUGAAACCAGCAUACCAACCCACUGAAAACACACAUUUGUUUUAUUACACUUUUUACUCAAAACCUUACAGACUAGUUAUUCAAAUAUAGCCCUUGUGACAACUUCCCCGUGCAAGAUAAUCCAAAUAAUCUUGCUUCAAUAAUUAUAUCUUUUUACAAACAUAAUUAAAAUAUUUCACAUAUAGAACUGGCAAUCUAAGGUCAAUGAAUAGAUCACACUUAUAAACAUCAUUGGUAUAAAAGGCAGAAACACGGGACGAAAAGAGAAACAAACUACGCUAUUAAUAAUGACAGGUUACGUAGAGCAGGGGUGUAAAACAAAUUUUCAAUUGAAGGCUGGAUUGGACUAAAAGUCACCUUAUGCAGGCCAAGUGGUUUGAUUUUGUUAAAACAACUGUCAGUGUGCAUGCACUGCAGUAGCCAAGCAUAUGAUUGGCCGCAGCUGUAAUCAAUCACAACAUCAGGUGCGGCAUUCAAGGACCACUGUAGUCAUUUAUGGGUUUGGUUAGAGUUUUCCUAACAUCGGCAUCAACAAUAAUGUACUAACAGUUCUAUUUUAUACACUGGGAUACCAAAUGCUGGGGUGGCAUAUGGGUCACCUCCGUACAUCCACCCCUGUUAUGUACUCAACGUUAAUUCACUUAAUUCAGCAAAAAUUUACUUUUAGCAGAAAUAUGAAUAAAAAACAUUUACAGUCUUCCAGGACAACAGACCAAAUAUAUUGAUGACUCAUGUUGCACUACAUUUAUUAUUGUCCAAUCAAAUGCUAUCUAGAAUGGGAACGUCUCAACCGACCAGCAAGUAGCAAAUCAUGGUUCAUGAUGAAACUAAAGCCUAUAUUGGCUAUGAUAAACAAAGAGCCGAGCCCUUCGAUAUGUCCCACCCAAACUUCCUGCUUCAAUAGUAAAUAAGUCACGAAGGAAAGGAAACUGUACUGCUCAUCAGAGUAACACAUAAUGAAGCUAUCAGCUCACGCAGCCAGACACCAGCUGAUGUUUCCUCAAAUUAAUGGAGUCUGCAGCGUAAAAACAUCAGCAUGCAGAACCAAAUCAUUUGAAAUCAUGUGUAAAAUGACCAUAAGGAAAACUAGUGUGUGUCCACGGAGUAUGAAGGGAAAAAACUGGCAUCAAACGAGUGAGACCUGGAGAGUUUGGUUCAUUUAUG